AGACACACACACAUACAUAUAAUUUUAGGGAGUAUAAUUUCAGAGGCGGGUCCCUUUUAUUUAGGGUAUUUACAAAAACUAUUUAUAAACAUCAUGCUACAGUACAACCAGGAGACGUAACCGGCACAGUUAAUAGUUUUACUCGUAAGAGAAAUCUAGUAACGUCUUUGUUAUAACUUCCGCAAUCAAUGCCUCCUUAAUGCUAUGUUCCUUGAAGUUUUAUCUGUCAUGUGAGAUGACCAUCUAUUUACAGAUGAUGACGUUGCCACAUAUGCCGUAUGGAGAGUCUAACCUCAUUCGAACUCCGGUCAGGCUCGAGACCUCCUACUCAGGUUGGCCUAAGCGUGGUGGACCCUUCACGGGCUUUGAUCCCCCUUUCAGGCCCACAUGGCUUUAUCUCUUAAUCCCGUGCUUUGUGCUUCUCUUGGGUUGGGUCAUAGUUGAUUUAUUGGGCUAUAUAUGUCAUGAGUCCAUAUAUAGUUUCAUCAUAGAACAAAUUACAAAAAUAAAGCAAGUGACUAUGCUAUGGUACUACCUCCGUCCCUUAAAACUUUGUCAAAGUUGACCCGGCACGGAAAAUAAUAAAGUAAAAACUAUGUGGUUGAGGUUUGUGCAGAGGAGAGAGAAAUAAUAGAAACCACAAAAUAAUUAAUUAAAAGGGAAAGUGACAAAGUUUUUUGGGACGUCCCAAAAAGGAAAGAUAACAAAGUUUUAAGUGAUGGAGGGAGUAUGUAAUAAGUUUAAUUUUAUGAUAUGUUUUUCAAACUAAAUGAACCAACUACACAUUUUCUAAAACAUGAAAACUGCAACUCAUCAUAAGCAAGCUAAGAUCUCAAGUGGCAAGGGAUCGAUAUCCUUAUCCUUUACCUAGCUAGCUACUAACAGGAAACUAUGGAAGCUAGUUCACUUCAUGCACACGUGACUAAAGACAAGGAGUGAGGUCCAUUCUCAAUUUCUCAUGUGGCUGGCCAACUUCUAUCAUGUGCCGAUGCUUCCUUGGCCUAGAUUGGGUUUAUCGUUGAUGGUAUGGCUUGAAAACAAUAAUUGUAAUGUGAUUGGAGCAAAACAUGCAAGUUUGGACAAGAUGUAUGUGUACACUUAAUUUUAAUAAUAUAUAUAUAUAUAUAUAUAUAUGGUUGG